AUGCGUGAGCAUCAAAUGGCAGCUACAAAUAAUUCAUGCGAGUAUCCUUGGUCUUGGGUUAAUCUUCCUACUUCUUCCUCAACAAGACACUUGAUCUACCACAAAACUGUUCGCCAGUUAAAGAUGAAAUAUCAACUAAAAGCAACGGAGUAA